AUGGAUAAGGACGACAAUCCUUACGAAAUUUUGGGUGUCACUGCUGGUGCCACUGAAGAUGAAAUCAAGAAGGCUUACCGUAUGCUUGCCAGAACGCAUCACCCAGAUAAACAAAAGACAGAUGAACAGCGAGAAGCUGCUUCUGCCAUAUUCACCAGAAUUGCUGAUGCCUAUGACUUACUUCAAGACCCCGUCAGACGGUACGACUGGAGAAUGAAGAAUGAGUCGUCGCAGCCUAGAUCAGUAUCGACAUCUACAUCUACAUCUACAUCGACUGCGACUGCGACAAGAAGUGCCACUCAAUCAACAACAUCGCGGGCAACAAGAUCGCCAGUAAAGUCACACACUCCUGCAACAUUGCAGCCGAGAGCCUCAGCGAGAUCAUCAGCAAGACCGCAGACAAGCGCAUCGUCGGUAAGAUCACAUAAUCCCCCGCCAGCUACAUCUACAAUGCCCCCCGUGCCACGGAGAACACCACGAUCAGCCGCCGCCUCUGCCGCAUCUCCAGUUGGAAGUAGAGCUGACUCAGCAGGUCCAAGAGGAAGGAGAGUUAGUGCUGCAAUCCCCAGGCGUGCCAUGGCGGGUACUUCACCAGCACGAGCAAAAUCACCUGCUCGUCCCCAACCAGGAAGGACACAGAACAUAGAUUCCUCCUCUCGUGGCGGAAGUCGCACACGACAACCAAUAAAGCGUCCGUCUAUGGAAUCUAUGGACGACCGGUCUGUGCAAUCCUCCAUGUCAUCGAGAAGGGUACCCAGACAGCCGAAAUCCGGACGAAGCUUGGACUGCAACUCCGACCACGGGGGCGGCCGAAGAGUUCCAAGACGAACUCCCCGAUCGGAUGACGCAUCUGUCAAUUCCAGAACUCGACGACCGUCGUCAAAGGAAAGUGUAAACUCAAUGACUAGGAUGAAACCCAGCAGAUCAUCUGUUUCUAUGGGGACUUCGAUGAAAAAUAGCAGAUCUGAACCAGUUCUCCGUAAAACGCCGGUAAGUUCUAGCAGAGCGAGUCUGUUUGGCGGAUUGGGCGGAAUGAGUCUUCGUGGUUCUACUGCCGAUAGCGGUAUGCGAAAUGCCACUUUCGAAUCCUCUUCGAGUUCUAAAAGCAAAACGUCAAGGCGGCGAUAG